AUGUCCGACUCGAACCCCAUCACAUCAGUCGCGCCGUCGACCAACCCCAUCACGUCCGUGUCGGCGUCGUACCCCCAGUCCGGGGGCCAGAUGUACACGAACCAGGCGCUGCUGAGCCAGCUCAACCUAGACCUCCGGGGCCGCCUGUUCCUCGUCGAGCGCGAGACGCUCAUGCUCCUCCCUGAGAGCGUGCUGCUCGCCCUCUUCCCCCAGGGCUUGAUCCUGUCCAAGCCUGCCAGCUGGGAGGGCGGCGACGACGGCGUGUUUACCGUCGACUUCGACCCAGACUGCUUUGCCUACAUCCUCGACUUUUGGGCAGACGCCCAGUCAGCCUUCUACGGCACGCCGACGACGCCAGGCUUAUUCCACGCCCAGCAGGCCAUGCCGCCGAGCCCGACCGACCCCAACUCGGACAUCAACCAGAACCCGCUGCUGACCAAGCAGGCGAUCAUUGUCCUGCGCGAGGAGCUCGAGUACUUCUCCAUCACGACGCCUGGGGCGCUGGCGCGCGUCGACGACCAGGGCCUCGCGAAUGACGAGCUCCGCGCGCUCAAGCGCGCCGCGGGCGAGGCGCUCGCGUCCAAGCGCCAGAUUUUCACCGCCCUCCAGCGCAACGUCAACAAGGAGAACAACAUGGCCGAGCAGCACCUCAUCGACAUGCUCUGCAUGAGCGGCUUCAACCGCGACGACGAGUGGGGCUUCCGCGCCUGCGAGCCCACGCGCAACGUCAUUUCGAGCAUGGCGCUCGUGCUCCUCAAGACGGGCAUCAUCCACCCUGGCACUCCAGGCGCGCCGGCCGACAUUACGACGCCGAUCAUCGACGACAAGCAGAUGGGCACGGCGCAGAAGCUGCUGCUGUUCUGGCGCAAGCCUGCGCGCAAGUGCUGGUGGGACGGCGUCGAGGUCGAGGUGCCUAAAUCCAGCACGUCGAAGGAGACGAUGCCGGUCAAGGUCUGGGCGCGCCGCGUCUGGACGCUCGAGUUGUCUCUAAUCUAA